UAAAAACAAAACUGAAACUGAUCGUAUUGUCAAACUUUUUGCGGGCAAAUUAAGCAUAUUUAAUAUCUAAAGAUGAUUGUCUGCAUUGGCCCAAAAUCUGCUGGAAAGACUCUUUUGUUACGAAGAUUGCAACAAACAAAUAUACACUGUGACCCAUAUAGUGAAAUAUUUUCAACUAUUCCAACAGUUGGUGUGAACAUUGCACGAGUGAAUCUAGCAAAAAACAAACAAAUACAGGUAAAUGAACUCGGAGGCUCAAUGGCUCCUAUUUGGCAUAUGCAUUUUGAUGGCUGCCAAGGUGUCAUUUAUGUGAUUGAUGCAGCUAACAUGCAGCAAGUUAGCUGCGCUUGUAUAUUGCUUUUGGAAAUUUUAAAACAUGAUUUAUUGAAAAAGGCUAAGGUUGCAAUUGUUCUUAAUAAGACUGAUGUGAAUUCAUCUGUACAAAUUGCAGAAAUGAAACAUUUACUGAGAUUAGAAGAUACAUGCACCCAUUCCAGACAAGAAAUUACCAUCAUUGAAGCUAGUUGUUUGACAGGAAAAGGCAUAAAGGAGCUGAAACAGUGGCUAUUAAAAAUUUUCUGAAUUUUGCACUUAAAUGUUUGAAUUCUUAAAAUUUCUGAUUGUUUUUAUAUCCAUCAACCAAAAGUGUUCAAUAAGGAAUUCACAGCUGAAAAAGAGUAUGUCAGAAAAUUCAAGUAAUUGUUAAUUAAUUUAUAACAUUACUUAUUAAGAUAAAAUUUAUUAGAGAUGUAAAAAUUAAAUAAAUCCAUUACUUAACUUACUGAUAUUACAAAAGCAGUAAAGAACUGAAAUGAAUUUUACG